AUGGAGGAGCCUCCAGAGAAGAAGCGUCUCCUCUUCAUUAAUACCAAUGAAAAUAAUUUUCCUUAUCAUCGAAAUCACGGUAACUUAAUUAGUUCCAAGGUUCGUCGCCAUGUUAUGCUCGAUAUUGGGAAGUCUCGGAGAAAGCCACCAAAGGACCGCCAGUACGUCACCUUGACAUGGCAGACACAAAAGAACACCAGUAGAGAAGAAAGUUCAGAGAUUCGAUAUUAUGGCAAUAAAACAACACCUGAGAGGUGUCAGGUCGCAUCAGGCACACCCACCUUGUAUGCAUUGGCCGUCUUCGAGAAGGAAUGGGGAGAGGAUUCGUUCUCUGCAUAUGGAUUUACUCUUAUCAUGGCCACGGGGAAGAAUGCGGUGAGCGGCACUUAUUCGGCAGACACUUUUUGGUCUCCCUUCGCCUUCAGAAAGUCUGCCUUCCUGAAGCACUACCAAGAAAUCUUCAGUUCUCCGGAUAUUCUUAUUCCUCUAUACCGCCAUUCAGCCCAAGAACUCAAUUCUUUAGCGCUGGAGCGCUCUCUUAUGACUAUUCAAUGUAUCGAGUCCAGACUUGCGAGCUCCGAUAUGAGAUGGGCAACAUCAGACAACGUUAUCAGCGCGGUGCUGGCACUGAUUUGCUAUAAUUUUACUAACCUUGAUUUCGAUCAAGCGGUGGUCCAUAUCAGGGGUAUCCGGAUGGUGAUUGAGGCAAGAGGUGGCAUCUCUACCCUGGAGAAUAAUCAGGACCUACUAUUCAUGAUUUCAUGGGUCGAUAUCACGGCAGCACUUCUGCAUAACACGAAGCCCCUAUUUCCACUACCCAUGCACAUGGACGCAUUCGUUCGCCCAGGUCUGAACACGCUUCCAGAUCCGCUUCUCGGCCUCCCGAACGAAGAGAUAAUGUAUGAUGAGCGCUUUCUGGCGGUUCUUGCAUGUAUGGGCGACUUGAAUGCACUUGCAACAUUCCUCCAGACUGAGCAGGCGACCAAAGGCGAUGCCAUCUGGAGCGACGAAGAGCAAAUGGGUCUCCUUUUGAACCCAAUUGCGCAUGACUUAUUGAAUCAACAACAAUCGGAGCCUUCACAUUCUGAUACACCUUACGAAACAAUCCUGGGGGCACUUCGACUUGGGGCUAUCAUCUGGAUUAUAUGGGUAAAGCGAAGAUGCCGCUCUUAUCCCGGGACUGCUCAAGCACAUAUCUCCACACUCCUCAAAACAAUAUCGAAUGAUCUGAAAGCUGAUACUCCAUGGAACUGCAGUGUAGACCUGCAGAUUGUUCGUCUUUGGCUCCUGGUUCUAUGCAGUGUCAGCGAAUCUAGUGACCAGGACCAUUCAAUCUUGGCGCGAAUGAUAGCUUACGAAAUGAAAGAACUGAACCUGGUGUCUUGGAAUCAACUUAUUUCGAUCAUACACCGAAUGCCCUGGAUCGACUUGAGUGAAAUGCCGAACUUGAGCGCUUUGUGA